AAUUGUGAAUGGUUGGUGACGAGGGAAAAGCAGAGCAGGUGAAUAAAAAGGUGUACGCGAAAUUCUUUAUUCUGCACAAACUAUACCGUUUCGUUAGUUGUUUAAUCAAUUAGUGCAUAAUAGUUAUUAAAAACUGAAAAUUGCGCAAACAAACAUAACAUAAAUAAGCGUUGAUAUGAUUUUGUGUCGCUAGUGUUGCUUGUGGUUUCUCUGUUGGUGGAACAGUCGAGAAAAAAACUUGUGUUUACAGCAUAUUUUAAUUAUUGAGACAAUUAAUUUCACAUUGUUACAAUUAUGCAGAAUAUGGACUUGGACGUAGUUGCGGACGUGGUGUUCGUUAUUGAAGCCACCGCUGUCAAUGGUGCUUACAUGAACGAGUUGAAGAGUAAUUAUAUUGUACCCACUAUUGAACAUUUCACAAAAGGUUGGCAGGGCGAUGAAGGCGAAUAUCUGAUCUCCGAACGGCAUGCCACGCAAUAUGGCAUUGUAAUAUACCGUACUGCUGCUAAUUUACUAGAUCCUGCCGUAUCCACAUAUGGGCCAUUUGUUUGGCCGAAACAGGUGUUAGAGACAAUCGAACAAUUGCCAUUGGUUGGUGGCGGUAUGGACUCUUGUGCAAACAUGUGCGAAGGACUGGCUACCGCACAUUGUUGCUUCGAAGACAUGAAGGAACGUCGUUCGCGUCUAAUGAUUGAUGCUUUAAAUGUACAACGACAUUGUAUAUUAAUUUGCAAUAGUCCACCAUAUUCCACGCCCGUCAUGGAAUGCUGGAAGCAUAUGGGCAAAACAGUGGAACAAUUGGCUUCUUUAUUUCAUGAAAGAAAAAUUAACUUCUCCAUAAUAGCACCACGUAAAAUGCCCGUGCUGUUCAAGUUGUUUAUGAAAGCGGAUGGUGAUCAACCGGUUGCUGCCAAAAAUUAUGCUAAAAACAUUAGACACUUGGUACUUCUGAAAGGCUAUCAUUUGAAAGAACGUCCGCCUAGUCCUAAUGCGAAUACAGUCAAUGUUGGUGCUGGUGGUGUAAUGCCUAAUCAAAUGGUUGUGCCCGUCGGUGCUGGUGGUAAUCCACAAAUGCAACAACAACAACAACAGCAGCAGACACAAGGUGGACCAAUGCAAAUCGACAACUCACAAGGACCUGUUCAAGGCUCACAAGGACCGCAGCAUCCAGUUGGUAGUAUGAACCAAGGCCAACAACAGCAAUCUCAACAAGGUCCCGGUGGACCAGGCAACGUUUUAACACCACAGCAAAUGAUGCAGCAACAGCAACAGCAACAGCAGCAGCAACAACAACAACAACAACAACAACAGCAGCAGCAGCAUCAACAGCAGCAACAACAACAGUUUGUCAACCAAAAUCCGAAUCAAAAUCCGAACUUCCAGCCAAAUAUUAAUAUAAAUCCUCAGAAUCGUUGGAUGUUCCAAGCCAACCAGCAGCAACAACCUGGCCAACCGCGUCCUCCAUUUAUGGGCGGAUCGGGAGGUAUGCCGCCCGGUAUGGGACCAGGAGGUCCUAUGGGUGGUCCUCAACAAGGACCCAUUGGCCCUGGCCAAAACCAAAAUUCGGCAUUAAUUUCACAGUUAAGUGCACCACCGGGUCAAAAUGUUAAUCCAUUGUUAGCACAACAACAACAGCAAAUGCGUAUACAAAUGUUGAAUCAACAACAACAAUUGCAGCAAAUGCAACAACAGCAACAACUGCAACAGCAGCAACAACAACAGCAACAGCAGCAACAACAACAGCAACAGCAGCAGAAUCAAAAUCAACAGCAACAACAACAAUCGAUGAACAAUGCCAGUGGGCAGGGACCCAAUCAAAGUGCGCCAGGAGCAGGUCCCGGAAACAUGCAACAGGCAGUUUCUUCCACUUCCGGCGGUACCAGUGGCAAUGAUCCCACACCUCAUACACGAGAUCGCGACAAGAUUUGGUCCGGUGUCCUUGAGUGGAAUGAGAAGAGCAAACCCGAUCAACAGAAAGUAACACGCACAUUACAAUGCAGUGUGGCCACAAAUUUCAAAGAUGGCGAACCCGAAAUCAAAGCCGAUAAUUGGCCACCAAAGCUUUUAAUGCAACUUAUGCCUAAGCAUCUCGUGGGAAAUAUUGGUGGCCAGUUUUUAAAGGAAUCUAAAAUGGUGGUAUUUAAACCAACACAAUGCGAAGCGCUGGAUACACUUUCCAAAGUGAUGGCCACAGGUUUUGCUGGUUGCGUACAUUUUACAAAUCCUUCUGGGCCGGCUUGUGAAAUAAAGGUCCUAAUUCUGCUAUACACGCAAGAGAAAAACGCCUUUCUUGGCUUUAUUCCCAACAAUCAAACGAUGUUUGUGGAGCGUCUUCGUAAGGUUAUACAACAGAAGCAAAUGGGUCAUGGUCAACAACAACAACAACAGCAGCAGCAGCAACAACAACACCAGCAGCAGCAUCAACAACAACAGCAACAAAUGCAGAAUGCCAUGAAUAUGCAAAAUAACUUGCCACCCAACGUAAUGGCGCAACAACAGCAACAGCAAAAGCCAACACCAAUGGAUGUGCAACAUCAAAUGGAGCAACAGCAACAGCAGCAGCAACAACAACAACAACAGCAGCAGCAACAGCAACAAAAUUACAACCAAUAUGCUCAGCAAAUGAACAUGCAAAUGGGAGGACCUGGUGGUGGUCCGGGUGGCCCCAUAGCAGGUGGUGGCGGUCCACCGCCGGGUGUGAUCGGUAUGCAGCUCUCCGAUCAAAUGGUUGGUGGUGGUCCAAUGCAGCAGCAUCAACAGCAAAUGAAUUUACUGCAACAACAACAACAGCAGCGCAUGCCCAUGAUGGCUGGACCGAAUGCGCAAAUGCAACAAGUCUCACCACACGCUGUAGCGGCGGCGGCUGCAGCUGCGGCGGCCAUGCAACAGCAGCAGCAGCAACAACAGCAACAACGCAUGGUGCGUCCAAUGAUGAACAAUAAUCCUGGCUUACGAAUGCUGCUGCAACAACAAUCAGCGCCUGCCAAUCAAUUUCGACCACAAAUGGGCGGCGGUGGCGGCCCAGGUGGACCGGUGGUUGGACAAAUGGGUGGCGGGCCACCAAAUCAAAUGGGCGGCGGACCGGGUGGUGGUGUGCCAAUGGGCGGUAAUCGUCCAUAUGAUGAGAGUAACUUUGAUUUUAUGUAAUUUGACGAUCAAAACGAAUCGAUGGAAAAAUAUU